AUGGCGACCUCCCAGCCGGCCGCGCCUCCUGGCAGGCAGUCUCGUGGCUUCAGUUUCGGUGCAAAGUCGGAUCGAUCGCAACGGUCCAGCAAUUCCAGCAAAAGGCCCCAGAUAUCGGAAACCUCCGACGAGAAACAUCGCCGCCAACUACAUUCCAAAGCCGAUCCCAUGGUUGCUAUGAGCGAAGCGCAACCUAAUUUGGUUGCUCUCGAGCAGUCGACGCUGGCUGAUCCCGAUCUCUCUAACCCCACGCGCCCGCGGUUUGAGCGUCCGCUUGAAACCAUUCGAUCUUUUGAGGCAGCAAUUUAUGGGACAUACAGCAGUAGGCCUGCUUCGUAUGUAAGGACGGCUCAAAACGGCCAUGCGCAGCGGGGUCAUUACGACCAGGGCGGCCAUUACAAUGGUCGCGGGGCCUAUUCGCGACCGGACAGCUAUGUCGAGAAUGGUAACGGCCAGUCCGACAACUAUUACCCCUACAAUCAGGGCGGCGGCCGACCGCGACCACGCCACCAUGCACGGAUGAACACCGACCAAAGUGGAUAUUCCCAACAUGGCUAUCACAAAUCAUAUGACAACAUGACCGCAGCGUCUGGCUCGGGCUCUGGCAGCAACACCGACGCUUACGGCAACUCUACCGACCCCAGCUCUGUGAACAGCUCUAUUGAUCAGUUCCAACAACAGCAACAGCAGCAGCAGCAGCAGCAGAUGGCAGAAAGCUAUGGGUUCCAAGGAUUCGGUGCCGGGCCGAACCUGAACGGACAGGCUGGCGCUGGGGGACGGAUCAACUUUGGCAGCAAGCCGCCAGCGGCUGACCCUAAUGCCGGUGGCCCUGUUGGCGGCGGUGCCGCCGCUGCAGCCACAGCCAACCGGCGCCAUCUCCGCAAGGCUACGAAUGAUUCUGAAAUGAGCAACGACUCGAAGAAAAAGGGCUGGUUUAAGCGUCGAUUCAGCAAGAACUAG